GUGGGUUGGUCACGUGCCCUCGGGGAGCGUUCAGUCGCCGUGGUUCGAGGAGCGCGUCGGGAGGCAGAGGGGAAGCCGCGCGCAGCCGCCGACAUCUGGAACGAGCGCUACUCGUCCGGCGGCCGGUCCGCGUCGCGUUGGGGCGUUGCCACGUGAAACCCACGGCGGUGAGCGGCGCGCGGAGCUGCGCGCGCGACAUCCCCUCGGUGACGGACUCGCCGGAAACUUCUGCGCUCGCCAGCUGCGGUCGUCGCUGCGAGCGUCGCGCUGCUCCGCAACCGCCGCCACGGGUCGACGCGCGGAGCUGUCACGGCGAGUCGAGGAAGCGAACGGCGGGCUGAUAGCAUCGUCGUCUGUCAGCAGCGGUGGAGGAAUAAAGCCCCAAGAGGAAGAGAGAGGCAACAGGAAGGCGAGGGAGAGGUUUCUGGCCAGCGUCCGUGGGAUUUGAUGUCACCUUUAGAUUGGUUCAAUUGAAAAUGGAAACACUGGAGUCUGAGCUGACCUGCCCGAUCUGCCUGGAGUUGUUUGAAGACCCCCUUCUCUUGCCCUGUGCCCACAGCCUGUGCUUCAACUGCGCCCACCGCAUCCUGGUGUCUCACUGCUCCACCAGCAAGCCCCUCGAGUCCAUAUCAGCUUUCCAGUGCCCCACUUGUCGCUACGUCAUCACGCUGAAUCACCGCGGUCUGGAGGGCCUCAAGCGCAAUGUGACGCUGCAGAACAUCAUUGACCGCUUCCAGAAGGCCUCGCUCAGCGGCCCCAACUCCCCCACCGAGAGCCGGCGUCUGCAGCCGCAGAGGCCCUACACCGCCACCAUUAGCAGCACCAUAGCGGGCACAGUCGUUGGCGGCGGCGGCGGUGGCACCAGCGGGAGCAGCGCCCGCGGCAGCCCGGCCACUUCCAGCCACUCGCACUCGCACGCCAACCACGCCAACCACAUCAACGCCAACCACAGCCCCAGCGUCGUGGCCAAGAUGGAGCCGCGCAUCAGCUGCCAGUUCUGCGAGCAGGACCCGCCGCGCGAGGCCGUCAAGACCUGCGUCACCUGCGAGGUGUCGUACUGCGACCGCUGCCUGCGGGCCACACACCCCAAUAAGAAGCCGUUCACCAGCCACCGCCUGGUGGAGCCGGUGCCGGACACCCACAUCCGCGGGCUCACCUGCCUGGAGCACGAGAACGAGAAGGUCAACAUGUACUGCCUGGUGGACGACCAGCUGAUCUGUGCCCUGUGCAAGCUGGUGGGGCGCCACCGAGAGCACCAGGUGUCGUCCCUCACCGAGCGCUUCGACAAGCUCAAGGCUUAUCAGGUGAGCCCGGGCAGAGUGUCAGAUGCGGUAAUGGAGGCUUCAAAGACAAGCGCUGCGCAAACCCUGGAGAACAACCUGACCAACCUGGUGAAGAGGAACAGCGAGCUGGAGAACCAAAUGGCCAAGCUCAUCCAGAUCUGCCAACAGGUGGAGGUCAACACGGCCAUGCAUGAAGCCAAGCUGGUGGAGGAGUGCGACGAGCUGGUGGAGAUCAUCCGCCAGAGGAAGCAGGUCAUCGCUGUGAAGAUCAAAGAAUCCAAGGUGAUGAAGCUGCGCAAGUUGGCCCAGCAGAUCGCCAACUGCCGCCAGUGUCUGGAGCGGUCCAGCGCCCUCAUCACGCAGGCCGAGCAGAGCCUGAAGGAGAACGACCACGCCCGCUUCCUGCAGACGGCCCGCAACGUGGCCGAGAGGGUUGCCAUGGCGACGGCCUCGUCCCAGGUACUCAUCCCUGACGUCAACCUGAACGAGGCGUUUGACAAUUUUGCCCUGGACUUCUCCCGAGAAAAGAAGAUCCUGGAAGGACUAGAUUACCUCACAGCUCCCAACCCUCCCUCCAUACGAGACGAGCUGUGCACCGCCUCCCAUGACACCAUCACCGUCCACUGGACGUCAGAGGACGAGUUCAGCGUCACCUCCUACGAGCUGCAGUACACAAUUUACACCGGGCAGACCAACUUCAUCAGCUUGUACAACUCGGCCGACAGCUGGAUGAUCGUCCCCAACAUCAAGCAGAACCACUACACGGUGCACGGCCUGCAGAGUGGCACCCGCUACAUCUUCUUCGUCAAGGCCAUCAACCAGGCAGGAAGCCGCAACAGCGAGCCGGCCCGCCUCAAAACCAACAGUCAGCCCUUCAAGUUGGACCCCAAGACGGCCCACAAGAAGCUCCGCCUGUCCAACGACUGCCUGACCAUGGAGAAGGACGAGAGCUCGCUGAAGAAGAGUCACACCCCGGAGCGCUUCAGCGGCACCGGUUCCUACGGGGCGGCGGGCAACGUCUUCAUCGACAGCGGCUGCCACUACUGGGAGGUGCUGCUGGGAGCGUCCACGUGGUACGCCAUCGGCGUGGCCUACAAGUCGGCGCCGAAAAACGAGUGGAGCGGCAAGAACUCGUCCUCGUGGGUGUUCUCGCGCUGCAACAACAACUUCAUGGUGCGCCACGACGGCAAGGAGAUGCUGGUGGAGGCGAGUCUGCAGCUGCGGCGGCUCGGCGUGCUGCUGGACUACGACAACAACUCGCUGUCCUUCUACGACGCCAUGAACUCCCAGCACAUUCACACCUUCGAGAUCUCCUUCCUCCUCCCCGUCGUCCCCACGUUCAUGAUCUGGAACAAGUCGGUCAUGAUCCUCUCGGGGCUGCCCGUGCCCGAUUUCGUGGACGGCGUGGCCACGGACCUGCAGGAGCAGCAGCAGCAGAUGGGCCUGUGCCGGCAGGAGUCGCCGUACUUGACCGGGAUGAAGAGCUGCCACUGAAACGGGCCCCGCGGUGGCCCGGCGGCACCGCCCAGGCCCGGUGACUGGGACCCUAAUUACCAGUUGGAUGGGUCGCUUUCUGGUGGAUUAAGGAAGUGAUCGAAAUAUGCACACCAUACUUUUAGCCUGUAGCCAUCCAGCGCUUUGCUAGUCGCCAGUCAACGGGAACGAGGUCUCUCCACGGCUGUCGUCAGCAGACGUGGGACGGGCCGUCGACCCUGGUGGUCUCGACCACUCGAGGUCUUCCUUUCUGAUUUAUGUUGUACCUGAAGAAGACCAAGGAGGGAGGGCUCUCGCGUCCCCGCUCACCGCACCUCAUGAGAAUAGUUACCUAACGUCUCAUCUGCUGUUGAUGAAAAGAAUUCAAAUCAAAGGCGAUUCUUGAAAUUCUCCUAAAUCACAUCUAGGUUAUGGGAUGUUUGGACAAAAUGAUACUGUUUAGAGGUCCUCCGAAUUAGUCAUUAUUUUUAUAAAUACACAGACACUGCUUGAACGCUGCACAUCUGGACACAGCUGUAGCCACUGGCUGUCUCCACCCAUACUAGUGUACAGGCACGGGGUGUGGACACCUUCAGCUGUGCCACUGCUUGUCGCAUGCUGAACCCUCACUAGCUUUAAGUGGUGAAACCUAAAGCCUCGUCCUUGGUCUUCCUCCUAGAUUGGACCCUGCGGUUCUUCCUCAUCUCCAGGCGUUAGCGUUGCUCCUAGAUACGACCUAGAUCAGGGGUGGGGGGUGUAUUUGCAUCACGUGACUACUAAACCUAGAUGAUUAGAGGUUUAUUUAAUUCUAGAGGAGAAACUGUUAUUUAUGACAAAGACGAUGGUUUACUUUUAUUAUUAAUCUCAACAUGUUCUUGUUGCACUUUUUAAUGAACACUAUUUCCCCUCUGUGGGUUUUAGAGUGGACGACGCUGUGUAACGGGGGAAAGCUGAACCCAGCACUGCAGCCGCUUGUGUUCACUUGGCUCAGAUUUACUUUUCCAUUUGUCGUGAUCUGACAAAGCACUGCUGCACAGUCUUCACCACGUUUUGGGCACAACCAGCAACACCCCACACACACACACACACACGCCGUCGGACUGUUCGAUAGCCUGUAGUCAACGUGUGUCGACUAGAGGGAACGUGAUGUGGAUGCACUGAGUGUCUUCACAGCGAGAUGUUCCGUUUCAGGCAGGGAGGCUGUUAACACUUUAACUUGCUGUCCGUCACAGUGUCAUGGCAUGGUUGUGUUUCCCUCCGUAACUUCUUUACACACACAGCAAUAUGCAUCACCUUUGGUUUACGUUGCCGUUGUCAUGGUAACCGCAUGAUGCAUCGUAGGACCGUUCACCCUUUCACUCACCUCCGACAGUUUGGUCGCUCGUCUCCAAAUUACAGCCGUAGCUUAAUCCAUCGCUUGCUUUCUUUCUGUUCUAGCUCUAGUGUGAGUGACAGGUUCUCUGGCUUGAUAAUCAGGAAGCGGCGCUGAUCAGACAAUCAAACAUGUAUCAUAGGUCUGAUGUUUCACUGGUCACACCGCUCCGUGACGUGACGUACGACACAUGGGGCAUCAGUGUUUUUACAUAACGUUACGUCUGUCGUGUCAUGUUUCAUUUGUAUUGACAGGCCAUGAUUUGCAUGACUGCAAACAGACAGAGGGCAAUCGUUCACCUUCGUUACUUCUUGAGUGGCUAAAGUGAUGAAACCGUGAGAGUAGUGAGAAUACCUUCUGAGCAGCAGCAGCAAACCCACUGGUCAAGGUAAGGUAACUGGAAGCUCCUUUUUCCCCGACGUCAGUGAAUGUUACCUGAUGUCCACAUAUUUGAGUCGUCUCGUUGCAUAUUCACGGCCACACUCGCGGCGUGUUGAUUUGUGAUCCGGACUGACAAGCUCAACUCAUCUGUGCAAGUGUGCUUGGCUGGGUCACUGCAUGAUUAUCUGACCUUGCUGCAGGUUUCAUACUUCCUCCCUUAUCUUUUUGAUGAGGUUUCUUAUCGUACAUCAAACAUAGUCUCUCCUUUAAAAAAAAAAAAGAAAAACGACAAGAUCACUGGACGCAAACUGUUCAUUGCCAUGCAUAUCAGGUCGUUUGCAGUGCUCUUUCCUUCUUUGUGUCACCAGUCGCUACAGUUAAAUAUAUACAGUACGGUGAAUGAUUUUCAAUAGCUACCCAUUCCUUGUAGUGCUGUGUAAUACCUUAGAGACAAUGCAAUAGAUUGUCCUUUUUGCUUUUCUGUUUGGUUGAGAAAUUAUUUUUUACGACUCAAGAGAGACACACUCCUCUCUUUUUGGCAUUUGGACCUUGAUAAACAGCACAAAAAGAUAUCAUGAGAAUAAUUUUAGCCAGAGAGGAGUGUAAAUCACAGGGGGAAAUAUAUAUUAUAUAAAAUUGUAUAAUAUACAAAAUAUAUAUAUGAACUAAUGUUAUUUAUGUGAAUUUAAGUCCAAUUAAAAGUCUGAUCUCAAAAGUUA